CGUGCGCGUGAAGUUGGCCCAUUUUGUUUUGGUUUUAUUCUGACGCACUGGCACCACUGUUCGGCAUAAAGAAAAAUCUACCAAGAAGAGAAUCACGGCAAACUUCAAAGUUGGUGAAAAAUCGAAUAUUUUUGCUGUAUAAAUUUGCAAAUAUUUUCAGGCGUUGAUCGUUCCAAAUCGGACGGAAAUCGACGUUUUUCACUACGCGUACCUUCGACCAAGAACAAUAACACCAGUAAGAGCGAGAAGAAGAAGCCAUGGUGGACGUCGCGAGACAGCUGCUGGACGAGCUGAUGGGAAGGAACCGCAACCUGGAUCCCUCCAUGAAAGGCAAGGCAUUGAACUGGGAGGAUGAAGAGUUCUGCACGUUUUUCAUGGUCAAGUUCUGCCCGCACGACCUGUUCGUCAACACGCGGGCGGACCUCGGCCAGUGCGGCAAGCUCCACGACGAGGAGGCCAAGCGGCUGUUCGAGCAGUCCAAACCGACCCGCAAGAAGAUCCAGUACGAGGACGACUUUCUGCGCUUCUGCAGCAACAUGAUCAACGAGGUGGACCGCAAGAUCAUGAAGGGCAAGCAGCGGCUGCUGCUGAUGAACAGCAAGCUGGAGGGCCGGCCCGUGUCCAAGCAGCAGGAGCAGGUCAAUACGAUGACCGAGAAGAUCAACAAGCUGCUGCGCGAAGCCGAGGAGGCCGGAAUCCGGGGGGACGUCGACCAGGCCCAGAGCCUGAUGCAGAUGAGCGACCAGCUGAAGGAGGAAAAGGACGAGCUGGUGAAGCAGGCGGAAACGAACGGCUGGUCUGUGACGGCGGAAAUUGCCGCCGCGCAGGAGAAGCAGAUGGAGGUGUGCGAGGUUUGCGGGGCGUUUUUGAUUGUGGGCGAUGCCCAGCAACGAAUCGAUGACCAUUUGACGGGCAAGCAGCAUUUGGGCUACUCGAAAUUGAGACAGGCCGUCGAAGAGAUGGAAGCCAAACGGCACAGCCCGGUCAAAGUGGAGGAACGUCGACGGGAUGAUGAUCGGAAGGAUCGUAGGGAUAGACGGCGUGAUGAACCGCGAUCGAGGGAACGGGACGACCGGUUCCACCGCGGCGGUGGCGGUGGCUUUGGAGACGAUUAUAGACGACGCGAUAACCGACGAGACCACCGGGAUCGCGAUUACGAGCGGUACGGACGGGGACGCGGGGGCGGCCAUGGAAGUGGUGGACACGAAGGCCGCGAACGCGAUCGUCAUCACAAGCGUUCUGAACGCCACCGCAGCAGAAGCCGCAGUCACUAAGAGACCUGCCUCGAUGAACUUCAAGCCAUACUCCUGUUUUCGCUUCCCGUUUUGUCGUGCCGCCGAGUGUGCGUUGUGUUGCAUCGUUUCCCGCUAGUUCGUUCUAUUGAGAGGUAUCCCAAGCUACGCAAUUAAAAAUCUAAACAUUAUUCCGCCCUUGCCCAAGGUAAGUCGUCCCAUUCCGUGCCAAGUUUCUAACCGAUUUCGUUCUUUAUUUUCUUUCAUUGUCGAAUGUGUCUUACCGUGUGUGUGUUUGUGUGUGAGAGCGCGUAAAAUCGGGUAAGACGCGACCAGAACAAACAGAAUCAUUCACACACAGGCACAUUACUUCUAACAUAAAUGCGGAGGGUUAGUGUCUUUGGAUGCCGAGCCGGAAAAUCCGUUCGCCACUGUCCUUGUAGGGAAGUCGCGGGGAUCGUCCCACAAACAGGUAUAACUCACUUUAAGAUUGCACGACAAGUGCACUAAAAUUGUAAAUCUUGAGUAUUUUGCAGUUGUUUAGUUUUGACCGAGCUCGCGGGGACAUUUUCCGUUGAUUUUGGGAAGUUGACAAGGUAUUUUCGAUAUCUUAAAGCUUCUCUGCCGUAGAAAUACACCGUGUUAUUUAUAGAUUUCCACUUGAUUCAAUCAGGAUAAGUUGAUGCGUCCAGAGUGCGAGAUUGAAGGAUUUCAAGUUAAAAGAGGUACAUUUUAAAGCGUAAAACUUUUUCAAACACUUAUACUUAGGGACAAAUUGGAACAAGUCGGCUGAUCGGCUGCGUUGCAGAACGUCAGUAGAGAUCAACGAGCACACACUAUCUAGCAGGUAUUCCAAAUUUGAUUGUGGCCGAUUGUGCCGGUUUGGGGUGGGGUGAUGAUUUCGCGAGACUGCGAAUCGUCCCCCCUUUCUUGGGUUGUUGUCCGUAGGUUUCACCUUGUUUGUGUCGGAAUCGGGCCCGGAAGAGAGAUAAAUUGCUGCGCAGAAUUGGUUGAACGAUGCACGGAGGUAAUUGCUUCUUGAUCGUACCCUAAAUCCAACUUUCAUUCAGGAUGAAAUGGCAGAGAGAAAGUGCUUCUUUGUUGGCAGGCACGAAUUGAACAAGAUUUAUUGCUGAUUCAAUCAUUGAGAGGUAAAUUAACAUUACACAAAGCUGUAACUUGCUGUUCAACCGUGUUCGCGCCGUCGUACCCGCCGCAACUUGUCUGAUCACCAGACACGGUCUCGAGUUGACCGCAAACUUCUGCUUAGCCCUCCCCCUGUGUGUACGCAAACGAAAAAAGGUAUUUGACAAACAUACUUUAAGACCUAAUCUUUAGCAGCGGUAAAACGUGAAAAAUUCGCGUCGUAACUUAGUUCGUCACAUAGAAAAAAAGAAAACACUUCGCCAAAGACACUUCAUUAUGUACGGUAAACUCUUCUAUCAAGGUAUUUAUUAUGUACUAAAAGCAACAGACAGUAAAUCAUAUCGUGUAAUGCUUAUAUGAAGUAAACUUUGGUCGAUCAAUUGAGAACUACAAAAUGUAAAGUAAGAAUUUAAAUCAGCAGCAAUGUUCUCAAUUUAUUCAACCAAAGCUUAUUAAACUCUAGAAAAAUCUACAAUCACGUACCAAAACCUUAAAAUUAUCAUGGAAAUCUUUUUCUUUCUCAUUUCAUUCGUUUCAGAAACUGUUCCAAAAAUCCACAAUUUCGGCGAUUGGCGCAAUCACCCAUGUAGGCGUUUCUUAUCACAUUUGAUAAUCAUAUGAAUUAAACAAAAACAAACUAGUUUAAAAAAGCUACUUAUUCAACGAUCUGAGCAAAACUAUUCUGCACCACCACCACCAUAUCGAGCGACGUUUAAUUUGCAGGUACCGUACGUUUCCUUUCUUUCUGUUUCACUUUACCAUAAAAUAUCAUGUGUAAAAAUAGUAUUGUAAGCCCCAAGAAAAAAUACAGUUGAAAUAUCCUCCAAAUGUCUCUGUCCACCCAUCAUCGGACGGGAAGAAGAAGGUAUCUCCCUAUUGGUAUCCAAUAAAAGCAACUUCUCACCGUUCAAUCCCUGUGUAACGCUUGAUAUCUUCUCGAUUUUGCCCGCUUUUAAAUAUAUUUGAUGUUUAGUUUACUUUUCGUCCCUUCCCCAACAAUAAAAAAAAAACGAGCAUAACGGGAUUAAAAUUCAGUGUGAAAAAAACUCUAGUUUUAAACAGUUGCAAACGGAUUAAAUAAACCAAAAUCAUACAGCAAAAAAAAGUAGUGAAGCAAGUGACACUAAGUUACGCGUAGCUUUUAGAUGGCGUUGUGCGCCGCCAGCUCGUCAUCGCGACAUUUGGUGGGCGUCCAACGCCGCAUCCAGUUUCAUCUGUUUCAAUAAAAGUACAAUCGUAUAAAGAGAA